UCUAUGUGCACACACACACUGCACUCAGCGCAGAAUGUGUCUAUGCAACCAGUAGUUUAGACUGACUGCUGUGAAGUAGUUGAGCAUCACUGACGGAUUCCAGCGCCUUGAAACCCGCUUAAAGUCACGUCUUUCCUUUCAGAGAACUAAAUGGCUCGGACUUACAACCAAUACAACAUAUGUGGACGAGUGAUUCGAUAAGCGUUUGGGAAAUACAAAUGACUGCCCGGCUUUAAAUUUGGACGCGUAACUCUCAAGCAGCCAUGCAUUUGUGUAGCUUUGUGGGGUCUUUGCUCCUCCUCCUUUUCAUCAGCAGGAUCAUGGAUGGCUCUGUCGCCAGCUCGGAGGAGAUUUUGCCUCCCACCAUUCAGAAACUGAUGAAGGGAUACAACAAAUACCUUAGGCCAUUCUUUGACAAUGGCCCUGUUACUGUAGGCAUGAGUCUGGAUAUCGCCAGCAUAGACACCAUAUCAGAAAUCAACAUGGAUUACACAGCCACCAUCUUUCUUCGUCAGCGCUGGACAGAUGAACGCUUGUGUUUUGAUGGCAAUAAGAGCUUGAGUCUGGAUGGGAGACUUGUGGAGCUCCUGUGGGUCCCUGACACAUUCAUUGUGGAUUCCAAGAAAUCCUUCCUGCAUGACAUCACUGUCGAAAACAGACUGAUCCGGAUAUUUCCCAACGGAACUGUGCUGUAUGCCCUGAGAAUUACCACCACAGUGGCCUGCAGUAUGGACCUAACCAAAUACCCCAUGGACAGGCAGACGUGCAUGCUUCAACUUGAAAGCUGGGGAUAUAACGUGAAAGAUGUUGUUUUCUAUUGGACACGGGGAAACCAGUCAGUUAGCGGCCUUGAUCAUUUACAUCUGGCUCAGUACACCCUUGAGGACCACUACACCUCUGAAUCUGAAGCCGUUUACGAGACUGGUAACUACCCAAAGUUGAUCUUCCACUUCAAACUCAAGCGGAGCAUCUUAUAUUUCAUUCUGGAGACGUAUGUUCCUUCCAGUGCUUUGGUGGUCCUGUCCUGGGUCUCAUUUUGGAUCAGUCAGUCUUCUGUACCUGCUCGCAUCUGCAUAGGAGUGACCACAGUCUUGACAAUGACCACCUUGAUGAUGGGCGCCCGUACCUCUCUACCCAAUGCCAACUGCUUCAUUAAAGCCAUCGAUGUGUAUCUGGGCAUCUGCUUCAGCUUCAUCUUUGGCGCACUGAUUGAAUAUGCAGUUGCCCAUUUCUGCACGUUACACCAGCCGAAUGCUGCCAAUGCAUAUAUGUAUGGCCAGGAAAUGCAGGAGCGCGAGGACGAGAUGAACGGCAUCGUCAAUUCCAUCGGCAGCCGCGCUUUGCGGGCCCGUAAACGAGAGGAGAUGCUGUCCCGGAUGGGCAGCACCAGCAACCCCACCCCCAGUGAGAGUAAGGAGGAGAUCAACUCGCAGCCAGAGAACCGCUGCACCAAGUGCAUGUCGACGACACGCCGCAUCAUACGCUGUCUGAACUGCUGCAAAGUGGAGAACCCGCAUUACAUCGACAACUACUCACGGCUGUCCUUCCCCCUCUCCUUCAUCUUCAUCAACCUCCUCUACUGGACCUACUACUUGUACUUCUAAAGCUCCUGCUGUUGGUGUGUGUUUGCAGUGAUUUAAGUGUGCGUCCUUUUUUUUGUUAAGUGUCCUCUUCCUUUGACAUGUCAGCAUGCAUUCCAGUUCAACUCAUGUCCCCCGAGAAUGACUGACUUUGUUCACGUCACCCAAGUAUGCGUCAUUCCUUGUGGUAUGCAGGAUGUGAUUGGGUUUGGACUGCACAGAUAUAUGCAGAUUUCUACUAAUACCUUGAAGAUACAUCUCCAUCUUUGUGUCAGGAAUACGUGGCCUUCAUCUUCCAAGGAGCUUUAGGUUCACUCAAAUUCACAACAAAAAUCGGCCUAACUGUAAAAUUGCAGCGUGAUGUCCGUACAACAAAUUAAAACCUGAUGACCUGAAUGUAAUUAUGAUUACAUUGUCAUUUCAGCAUGACUUAUAAAUCCCUGUUGACACAAUUAACAAACCAUAAGCAAUUCACGAAACUGAAAGUUUGCUUAAAAUGUUUGAUUUAUGAAAUGAACAUCAGAAUUUUAUCAGCAUGUUUGACAGCUACAGUAAUAAUAAGCAACUGGACCAAAGAUUUAUUGUGUAUCUAAUGUUCAUAAUCACAAUCUGAAUUCAAAGGAGCACACAUUGUUUUUGUGACAUAUACUGUUUGUUUUUGCAAAUAUAGCAGUCACGUGUCUUCAUAUUAGCUGCCAAUUAGGAAUCAAGUUGGUUUUAUUCAUUUUCUCCUGGUGAUUUGUCUGUGAGUUACUAGGGAAUAUUCUCUUAGAGAUAGAAAAUCUGAUUAUGAAUGAUUCUCUAUUAUUUGCAUGAUAAUUUAUUUAUUCUGCUGGUAUGUUGUUGUAUUUAAUUAUUUAUUUGU